GACAAAAAGCUGUAAAGCAGCAAGUUGAAAAAUAACUAAUGUSAAAUGUACCAGGUAAAAGCGCCACGUAUACCCCCAACUUGUAAGGAAUGGAACUUCGUCUGAUGAGAAGUGAGUCAUGAACACCGAAUACCUUGUCUUUGCGGUGCUUAUUUGUAUUAAAGAAGCCAAAAGCGAAUCUCACUGCGUUGGCACCUGCUAUUCUGGAAGACUUUUCCCAGAGCCCCAAGACAUCUUCCAUGGAAAACAUCUCAAGGGAUACUCCUACAAGAACAUCACCACCGAUGAUCCAGCCAAGUGCUACUCAUCUUGUGUCCAAGAUUGUCGUUGUAAGGCGUGUCAGAUAAAAGAUGCAAGAUGUGAGUUGCUGGAUGAGGACAAGACUUCCAAAACCUUGACAGAUGAGCCAGGAUACGUACACUUUGAUCUUAAGCAGACAAUGUACCAUGGCUUGCAGGCAUCUCAAAUGGCAUUGUCUGGUGAUUGCUAUAAUGGUUGCUGUCGAYCACAGCCUUGUAUGAACGGAGGGUUAUGCAAAGAGCACUGCCGAACGCCUAAAGAGAAAUUUACUUGUGAGUGUCCUAGAGGAWCUGCUGGCAGAAUAUGUGAGAUUAAGCAGCCUUCUUCUUGUCUCGAAGUAAUGCUUACAGAAGGCAAAGAUCCCAAAAGCGGUUCUUACUCUAUUAAAAAAUCUGCAAACGUCACUAUCAAAUUAUAUUGUUCUUUUGAAAGUCCAAAUCGGGCCUGGACUCUAAUAGAGUCAUUUUCCCUUAAGAACAACCCUGAUUUCAAGAAUAGAUCAUUUUCUACUGAUUACAARGUCAACCAAGAUACCCCUCAAAGCUGGAAAGCUUAUCGACUAAGCCGACAAAACAUUAAAUACAUUCACUCAAAGUCCACCUUAUUUCGUUCCACUUGCAACUUUGAAAAGCGGAAUGUUCUGACGCCCGAUUUUCUUCUUGGCAGUCUUCAAAAAGUGGAUAUCUUCUCAAAUGCAAACUCCGGUACAUGCCAUAUGUUUCUUCAUAUCAAUAUUCGUGGAUAUGAAUGCUAUAAUUGUACUGCACCACUGUAUAAGGUGGCCAAUGAACAUGUACACAUAGAUACAGAUGCACCCCAAUCGUGUGACUUUAAGCCUAGCCCAGAUCUUAACGUGCAUUAUCCUGAUUAUUUUGGCUUCUAUCACACAUACAGCUUGAAUUCGAAUUGCACUGCAACACCCCAGUCGACCACACAGUGGUGGUUAGGAGAAGAGAAAUAA